AUGAAACAAUCAAUUAUUCAACAUAUUCAACCUUGUUUACCUUGUCAACAACAUAAUAUUAGUCAUACGAAGAAAGCAGGUCGACUUAAUCCAAUUCCAACUCCAGAGGGAUCAUUUCAAUUAAUAACUAUUGAUUAUUGUGGUCCGUUCAAACCAACACCUCGUGAUAAUCAAUAUGUAUUAUGUAUUACUGAUUAUUUUACAAGAUGGAUGACUGUAAUAGCUUUACCUAAUUGUUCAGCACAAACCAUGGCUCAAACAUUAUUUAAUAAUUAUAUUUGCCAAUAUGGUGUACCAUUAGCUAUAUUAUCUGAUCAAGGUACUCAUUUUAAAAAUCAACUUAUGGAAUCUAUAGCAAAAUUAAUUGGUUACAAUCAUAUCUUUUCAAGUGUUUAUCACCCAUAA